AUGGCGCUCGGAAGUCUUGCGUUUGCGCAGCGACAUGAGCGCACGCCGGACGAACGAGCUCUGGUCAGAAGACUCGACAUCUUCUUGAUGACCUUUGGCUGCAUCUCCCAAGAUCUCGACCAGUCCAACAUCAGCAAUGCCUAUGUAUCUGGCAUGAAGGAAGACUUGGGCCUCGAAGGAAACGAGCUGAACUAUUUCCAAACAUAUUUCAAUGUUGCUUAUUGUAUCAUGUUGGUCCCCUCACAAAUCAUCCUCACCUAUGUACGACCUAGUUAUUGGCUUCCUGGUUUGGAAAUUUGCUGGGGCGUCAUUACAGGUUUGAUUGCCAUGACACAUAAUGCAAAGCAAGUCUAUAUUCUGCGCGUCUUCCUCGGCCUCUGCGAAAGCUCGGCCUGGCCCGGAAUGAUGACUCUUCUGAUGUACUGGUAUACGCCUAGCGAACUGGCCAAGAGAAUGGGUUUCUAUCAUUCGUGCCAAGCGCUUGGCUCCAUGAUGUCGGGCGCCCUGCAAGUGGCUGUCAUCAACACACUAGAGGGAUCUCAUGGCCUUGCUGGCUGGCGCUGGCUCUUUGUGAUCAACGCCAUCAUGACGGUCGUCGUCGGCCUGCUGGGUUUCUUCCUCCUACCCGACGUGCCCCAUAACAUCAACCCGCGAGCCUUCUGGUUCAAGAAGGAACACGCAAAAUUGGCCUUGGAGCGUCUCGACCGCUAUGGCCGUACUUCGUCCAAGAAGAUGACGUGGGCCGGAGCCAAGCGCACCUUUACCCACUGGGUUGUCUAUGUUGUAGCCUCCAUCUACAUUGCCACGGUUCUCGCUCCCUGGGGAUACUCGUACUUCAACUUGUUCUUGAAGAGCUUGAAGAACCCCGACGGCACUGCAAGAUGGACGACGUCCGAGGUGAAUGCGAUUCCGAUUGCAGGCGGUGCGAUCAAUGUUGUCUUUGUCUGGAUAUGGGCAAUACUUUCUGAUCUCUUGAGGACGCGAUGGACCCUCAUCGUCACCCAAGCUCUCAUUGGUCUCGUGCCUUGUAUUGCCAUGACCAUCUGGACGACGCAUCCGGCCACUACUCCCUUGGCCACUGCCUACGCUGGGUAUUUCCUUUCGUACCUUUCACUAGGAACAGCGCCCCUGCUUUUUGCAUGGCUGGCAGAUAUUCUCCCAUCAGAUGCCGAAGCGCGUACGCUCAUUGUUGGAUUCUCGGUCGCUGCAUACUACGGCGUAUCGGCGUGGUCUCAGGUUCUGGUUUGGCCCGCAUCUCAGGCGCCCUAUUACAAAUACGGAUGGCAAACGUCGAUUGCCCUCUGGAUAUUCGUUAUUGGCAUGGUCUGCCUGCUUCGGUACAUUGAUGUCAAGCACCUUCUCCCCCAGAGACGAGAGACCUUUUCGACGAUUACUGGAGUGGAUGGAAGUGAUGCUGAGCACGGUGCAUCAGAGCCCGGAGCAGCCAGCAAAGUCACGGCGCCCGAGGCGGUCAAGGCUGUGCCAGAGGCUUAA